UACGACUUUGAACAUGUAGGUACACUUCAAAAGUUUUUUUUUUUUUUCGAAAUUUUGAUACACUGUAAGAAGGAAUGAUAUAAUGUAGCGAAAACAUUUAGGUAGGCGGCUAUACAAGCACUUUGACAUAUGCAUGCAGUGUCACCCUUUGAGACCCAGGUGACAUCUGCUCGCUCCGCCCAGCUGGAAGCGGAGAGGACGAUGUCGGAAUGAUAAACUGAAGUCAGUCUGUAACCGUGUGGCAGCCUGCUGUGGUUAGUUUAUCUACAAGAAUAGAAACUGCAGAAUGUCAGCUUUUUUUUUUAUAUCGUUUAAAUGUGUGACAUUAGUUAACGUGAGGCCGCAGUGUUUUUUUUUCCUGUAGAUAACGAUGUGUGCAUCAGCUGGUCGGUGUGAGAUGACUCGGUGACAGAGUAAUUAAAUAACGGCUCUGUGAUUCCUUCGGGACACUUUAAUCAUGUUAUUUUUUACGUUAAAGUGAAAUUACCAAAAAAAGUAUGCGAGGGAAUUCCCACCAUUUCCAUAUGGGCUGUGUAUUUCCAGUCAGCUCGCCGUAACUGUGCAGGACACAACAUAGUUUGUUUCUUAAAUAUCAAGCGUUUUCAAGGCUGGACUUUUUUUUUAGCUUUGACUAUAGCUCACACUGGCCUACAUGAAUGAAUCUGAUCGGUCAGCGCUGUUGGAGACUGUUUUGAACGGAAAGCGAAAGAGUAAGGCUACCUCAACUUGGCCGGCCACUUUACAACAUGUUGUUUUUCACAAGACACCGAGCAAGUGGAUUUUUCUGCUGACCCAUCGUUGAAGCUGUGAAAUGCUUUAAACGGCGUAAUUCAGUUGUGUGUGGUUCCAUGCCCCCCAUGCCUUUGUUGGCAUCUAAUGGAAGAAAAAGCACCUGCCAGAUCUGCCAUGGUGUCCAGAUUGCCUAAGUUUGGUGGACGCUCCACGACUGGUGGUGGAAGCCCUUUGUCCAAUGGUUCUACACAAGCAACCACUCCUACGCAGGAUGGUAAGACCACUCCCCCAGGAAUACGCCAAAAUGGUGUGAUCCGUGCAUCCCCAUUCACCCUGAAAUGGAAGAAAGAUGAGGGGACAACACUAUCCAGCCCCACUACCCCAACCAACCCUGUGGACAGUGGAGAAGAUAGGGUUCAGAAACAGCUUCCUACAUUGACAAAGGAGGUAAAAAAUGGCUCUCCAGCAACUCCUACGAUGAGAAGGUCAGGUACUUUGACUGUAGCUGUCUCCAGUCCUACCGCCAUUCCCAAGCAAUCCUUGAAGAUGAGUUCCAAAGUGGGGACCAAGCUAGGCCAAAGCCCACUGAAUGGAAGCCUUAAAAUUGGCCUCAAUGGCUCCAGUAUUCCUGCAAGAACAGGGUCAGAAUCCCGCCUCGUGGGUCCAAGUUUAGGCUCCACCUCUCCCAGAAGCAGUUCUCAGGACAGCCUGUCCCAGUUCAGUGACAGCCUGAAGACCUUGGCACUGGACAACAUGGUGCGUUCAAACAGCUUCACCCAUUUCAAGCAAAUUCCGUCACCCACCAGCCAACCUAUGAAACGCUCCUUCUCCUUUAACCGGGCUGUGGAGCUAGCCAAGCCUCUAGCAAACACUCAGCUACGACCUCGUAGGAGUAGUUUUCUUAAACCUCCUCAGCUGAGUAAUGGGAGAGUGGGUGCAGGACUUGGAGGCAUGAAUGGUAGCCUUGGAAGUCCAGGAAGUGGAAGUGGAAGCGGAGGACCUGGAGGAUUUCAGUACAGUAGAACCCCUCCAGCUGCCUCCUCUCUGCCCACUCUUUCGAUCCUUCCAGCACCCAGUACUCCAAGGGCUUUGAGGAAGCCUCUGCUCCCCAGUUGUGUUCUGACCAAGCCAUUGGGCAGCAGUGGGGGGUCUUUGGGCUACAGGCUUGCUCGGUCGGGACAGGCCAGGCAGCAAAAGCCUCUUUUUCCAGGUAGGGUCAAAGGUGAUAUCAAACCUUCAACUGCCUCUGAGAGUGUGGGGUUAAUAGAAAAAACAAUAGACAAUGAGCCGUAUGGUGAAGUUGACCGAGCAGACCCACCCAGUGAUAGUGAUGGAUGCUCUGGAUAUGGAGGAGGAAAGAAUGGUGUGCGUAUGCAUAGUUCUAGCCAGGCAGCAGGCGAGACUCCAGAGGACAUGUCCUUAUCUUCAGCCUCAUCUUUAGAAAGAGUCGACAUCAGUGAAGAGUUUCCAGAUGAAUUUGACAGCGUGGGAGAUGUAUUUAGUGAUGGAGACCAGACAGAUAACAGGGAAACUCAAACCAUCCUACAAAGCUUUAUCAAUGAGACCCUUGACUGGGACACUAUGGAUCUGGAAGGACAUAAAGAUGAUAGCCCUAUGCAGGACUCCCAGGGGCCACUGAUGUUGUCUUCGGAGCAGGCUGAUGGCCCUCAGGCUUCAUCUUUGGAGCUGUCUCCCUCUAACAGCUCUGGUGGAACUUACAUGUGGGAUGAGGAUGGUCUUGAGCCACUUGGUGGGCCCAGGACACUUCCAGGUGACAGCUAUGAUGACUCAGAGCUCAACAGCAUGGAUAUCCUGAACAACCUGGACCCCCAGGGAAACGGAGAAUUGGACGACGAUGACCUCAUGCUGGAUGUGGACCUCCCUGAAGAUGGACUGCACGACUCUGACAGGAUGUCCCAUAUUGAACGCUCAGAGAGGGCGGGUCGGCAGGGACAGCGGCGUAAACCCCACCGCUGGAGUGGACCAGAACACAUCCAUAAUGAAAGCAGAUCCAAUGUCUUCCAGCACUAUGAUGGUCUCAGGUCUUCAAGGAUUUCUUCACAGUCAGUUCCUUCUGAAGGAAGGCAGCAUAGCUACAUGUCAGCGCUAGAUGAAAUCACACUCAAACAUAUGAGUCAGGACUGUAGCUCCCUAAAGAGCCAGCUGCUCAGGCUCAAAACGCUGCUGCAGCUUGAGGAUACAGACUCUUCAGCUGAAGUUCCUGAGGACAUUGAAGACAAUACCACAGCAAUACAAUUGGGGGAGCUGAUUAAGGAAGUACAGGGGCUCAGAGAGGAGCUGAGGAGUCGAGACAAGACCAUCGCUCAGCUCACACUACAGUGCCAACAACUACAACAACAACAUCAGCAGGAACAAAUGCCUGGUCAAGGCCGGCAGUUCAGGUGUCAGUGCCACCACCAGAGGGCUCCAUCAUCACUGCGACAGAGCGACAGACAGAUGGACAAACGGAUGCAGAAUCACUAUGACAAGACCACCCAGACGUACUGGAGACCAAUGAGCCAUGCUCCUCAAAUACUACAGCCCUUCAACCCCUGCCACAGCGAGCACCUCCACCAGGGAAGAAUAGUAAAACCUCCCCUCACCGAGGACCGCAGUGACCUCACACGGAGCAGAUCAGAGGAAGCAACCAAGAUAGAUGCUGACCGUCCCCUUAAGGACCAUAUGGUGGACGUGCCCGGGACAGCAGACCUGGACGAGCUUAGUCAUCCGCUCGGCACCCACCUGCACCGCCUAGACUCUGAGGCUCUACGGGGGGUAACCGAUAGAGACAGUCCAGCAACAGCAGCUCUGUGUGCAGCACAGCAUGAGGAGAGAACGCCCGCUGUGAAACUGCAGAACUCUAUCACUCCCAGACCUGCUGCUGGUUCGACGUGCCCUCGCAUGCUGCAGCCUCCUCGCCUUCACAAGCGCGUGUCUCUCCCGGCACUCAAGCCAGGGGGCGCAGGCAGCUCGGGAUCUUUUUCCGGCCCACUGGCCGACCACAGCAAGCAGCUGCCCCCUCCAACCAGAGGCCUUCCCUGCUUUAACACAGGACCUCAGGCACACGCUCCAAGUCUUAGUCGCACUUCACUGCUUCAGCCUCGCCGAGCAUCAGAGCCUUGCAGGAAUCAAUGGAGCACUGAGUCCAGCCUGCAGGAGCCCGACCAGGGGACGCCGAAAAACCUGAAGUCAGCUAAGUUCCUGAUCCCUCUGAGUCGCUCGUGCCUCCCCAAGCCAAAGAUUCCCUGAGGAGCUUCAACCCACACUUCAAAACUGAUAUCUAAAUUAAUUAUUUUCUUUUCCCAGCCAUAACACAGUGUGAUUGUUUUGACUUUUGCGUGUCAAAGGAACAUUACAUUAAAGUCAUUAUUAUAUUACAGACAUUAUUCAGGGACUUCCUAUGCCCAUGACUCUUUCAGUGCAACUGCUGUAUUGUUUCUAAGUCAGCUUCUACCACUUUAACUUGACUGAAAAUAUAGUAUGUAGCAGGAUCUUUCCUUCACGUCAACAUAAAGCAGUUCAUACACUUUCAGGUCAAGCAUUAUUUAUCUAUAAUGUGCAGCUUUUAGCCUUGUGCACAAAUGCUGCAGAUGUACAGCAAAGAAAGUGUAAGCAUUCAGAGUCCACUUUUAUGUUCUUUUCUAAUGCCUGCGGCUGUUAUCACAUUUUAAAAGUCCAAGCUCACUUGUUCUCACACAGCUGUGCCCUCUGACACACAGGUGCAUUUGGUUUUAAACACAGAGGUGACAUGAAUGUGACAUUUGCAGCAUAUUAGAAAGCCCAGGGGGAAGAUGGAGGCAAGAAAAAGAAGUGGGAAAGAGAGAAAAAAAAUAACAGUACAAGUGCAGUGGUGGCUGGAGACUGAGGAGGAAAUGCGUCAAAGUGUGCUGGAGCUGUCAUGUCCAGGAUAAAAAUAUAUGUAUAAGUGUGUUUGUGUUUUUAUGAGUUUGUAUUUGUGAAAUUGAGAGAUGAGAGAUGUCGAGGUGAGGCAUACAGAGAACAGCUCUUCAGACUGUGGGCGCAUCAGUGUUUCUAGUUCCUGUGAACUUCUGAAUCCAGGACAUAUUAGCAAAAGGGGUGAUGGACCUUCUGUGUAAUUGCAGCCCAGACUGAAAUAUAGGCUUAUAAAAAUGUUACCACGCUGGUGUUGGAUAUAUAUAAGUUUAUACAGUGUGCAAGUGGGGAAUUAGCUUCCAUCGUGCAGCAGAAAAGAGCAAAGUAAUAAAGCUCUCACAUACUUGGAAAUACUCAGGUACAUUGUUGGCGGAACCACAGCCAUGCACAAACACACAGUGGGUGCUCAGACACUCUGGAAAGUGACUGUUUUUCCUGGCUUACAUUUUGUGCUUUUAGAUGGAAGACAGUGAAGAAAAACAAAGUAUGGCAAGCAAGUGGAGACAGCAUGUAACACCACUAAUUCAAGGCAAACAUAACACAAAAACAUCUGCAAGUAAUUCAAAUUAGAGAGUGUUUAAUGUAAAUCAUCUCAAUUUGAUAUUAGAAAAUGCAGCUGUCAAACGCAGAGAAAAAUUGCACUUUAAGAAAGUUUAGGAAAAAGUCAAUUAAACAACUUGUUAGGAAAUUUACUACACCCUCAACAACUGGCACAUCAGCUAAGAGAGAUUUAUUAAACAAGUGAAGCUGCUUCCCAAUGUGUGUGUGUGUGUUGGCUGACUGAGUUUGUUUGUCCUGUUCAACCCUCUCUCUCUCUCUCUCUCUCUCUCUAUCUCUCUCUCUCUGCUCUCGCUCUCUUGCACAUCCCGUCGGGAACAUCAAAGGUAUUAGCACUGUAUUUUCAGGUAGGCAGCCUUGGGGGGUUUAGCGGUGUUUCUGUGGGACUUUUGGAGGAUUGUGUUUAUCUUCUCUUUGCGGAGCCCUUUUGCAGUCAAACGAAAUGUCCCCGAACGGAGAGCAGCAGUGUGUUAAAAAGGCCUUCUGACAGCAACUCUGCUCUCUUCUCUGUCACGCCGCGUGACCGCUUGGUGUACGCCUCCGGCACUGUCCGGUCUACUGCGUCCAAUAAUGCACCCUACAUAGAUAGAGUGAGACAGAGAGAGAGAGAGAGAGACACGCACACACACACACACACACACACAACAAGCAGAUACAUCCGGACACCCGAGUUACACACACACACACACACACAUGUAAGGGAACUCUGACAAAACUCAAGUAGACACAAAACUCAGAGUGAACACACACAUCAGUUCUCACUUCCCACUUGCCACAGAAGUGCACUGAUACACACACAAACACACACUUUGAAUGUUACUACAAAGUGCAUACAGUACAAGUGUGUGUGUUUUUUUUUUUUAAUGGUUUGAUUGCUUUAUGAAUUUGCUGUAGCCAAAAAAAUGAUAGCUGUCUCUGAUUUACCCUGGAGUGUGGUACAGUCUUGUGUGUGUUUGUGUGGAUUUGUGCUGCUGAUAAAAUGUGUUUACCUGUCGGACGGUUCAACAUUGUGCCAAACCAGCCAAGCAGUCAACACCACUGUUUGAAGCAAGAGAGAAACAAAAAACAAAACAUCCUUCUAAUGAAAAUGGAAACAAGACGGAGCGAUACAUUCAGAGGAGGGAGGAAUACGCUCAGGGAAAAACAAUGAGACAGGGCAGGAGGCAAAAGCAAAGGAAUAAGAGAUGACGAGAUGAAAUCAUGAAGGCGUUGUUGUGACUAGAAGCUUCUGGCAGAUUUUCUUUCGAAUGUUUGUCCACAAAAUGUCAUGCAGGUGUGUCUAGGAGAGUAGAGGGACUGAGAAUACCUAACAUGUUUGUUUGUGUGCACUUUGGCCCAAUCCCCUUAGAUGUGCCACUCAAUGCUUUGUAAUGCCAAACAGGAAAUCAAUGUUGCCCGCUGAAUGUGUUUGUGUAUCUCUUUGUGAGUGUGUGUGCGUCUCCAGACACCUCUGCCUGCCAGGAAGAGAGUGUGUGUGUGUGAGUAUGAGAGAUGUAUCUGCCCAUAGGCCAAAGGCAAAGCCCUGCCAGGCAAAGCAGGGCAGCGCCAUCCUUCUCUCCCCGUGCUGUAAUCCCUAUCUCCAAAUCAAUACACCCGCUCAGUUUAGCAGUCUAGCCAAAUGCUCACUCAUUCCUAGCUGCGCCCGCUUGCUACGCGAUAACAGAACCACAACUGAAAUCUCUCUGCUCCAACUUUAAUCGAUCAAAUCAGAAUCUUGAUUCUCUUUAGUUUGUUAGGAAAGAACACUAAAUUAUUAAGCUGCACUGCACAACAGCAAAACCCCCAUAAGGAGUGGAUGAAUUGUAAUUUUCUGAACAGCAUAGGCAUUACAAUCUUCUAUCCAUGAUGAAGUUUUAAUGCAACACAAUACAUAUGCACAUCAGCUGAGACACUUGUAACCACAUAAUCCACUGACAUUUUAAACAUAUAGACACAUUUAUGAAAAAACUGAGUCAUAUUUGCAGUUUCAAGUUUCUAGUAGUUUUGUGCAUGUGUGAUAACACCAUUAUUGUGAGAAACCUUGUUUCUUGCAUUUUAGCACCUUUGGGCAUAUUGUUUUGGUUUAACAACUCAAAGCUCUAUCUUUAUCUCUGGAGUACACACCACAAAUAAAUGCCAUUGCUAUAACUACAUGUCUGUAGCAAGUACAGUUUUAAAGUGCAUACAUGUUUGAAACUGCAAAUAUAUCUUUGUCUCUUUUUUGAGCAACUCCUCACUUGAAUUUGAAUUAUUCUUUGCUGUCUUGGUGCAGUCCAUUGAUGAUCUUUGGCAGCAGUUUUGAAUCCAUUACUCUAGUUUUUGUCAUUUUCAUUAUCGCUGAAUUUCCUUUUAAAAGCUUAAAGUUUUUGCAGGUACAGUACAGCACGGUGUAACUGUUCAUCUCUCCACGCCUCGUCCCAAAAUAUGCAAACUUCCUCCAAUUAUCACUGCAUAAUCUCCAAUAUCAGCUGCUUCCAGUUGAUAAGCACUGUCUCCAGUACUCUAUACAAUAUUGCCUGUGGCAAAAAGAUGAGGGAACGCUACACUUUAUUUUGGCGACCUUUUAUGCAAAUGAAAAAAGGCAGGUAAAGCUUUUUGUCAAUUCUAAUCUGAAGCACUUUAAGUGAUGUUAGUAGAUGAUGCUGAACGAAACUGGAAGAAUAAGAAUACAUUUGGUUAUUCUUUGAAAGUGUGUCUAUAUUUGCAAAAUGAUAUUUUUCUAGGAAGCAAUGAAAGAAAGCAAUAAAGUUUGAACGAAAACUGGCAAGGGUGUUUUCUUCUGUUGGAGCUUAGUCACCUUUUCACCAUAUUUGGUUAAUUUAAUGGCUCCACCGAUGUUGAUUACAUGUCGGAACAAUAAACUCAGUGUGUGUUUAUUUCCAAUCCUGAGCUGAGGAAAAAAAUGUUUAAACAUCAGGAGUAGAUAAAUGUUCUACAAAAGAGGUCUGAGGUAGAAAUGCUGGUCCUGGGAGGUACAAUUGUAAAAAGUCGGAGCUGUUCAUUGAUCUGCAUUAUUGACCCCAACAAUUGCUUAAACACAACAAUCUAAAGCUGCUGUUCUCAGUUCAAGAUGAAAGAGAAACCUCAUUCUUGUUGUUUUUCUUGUUUUCACUGUAUACUGGUUGUAUUUAUGUGGAAAUAAAGUAUGAUUAUUGAACAGUU